UUUUUAGUUUCAGAAUACUCUGAUUGUUAUCGGUGGAAUUGUUAAUUAAAUCUGUUAGUGGUAAAUAAUCCGCAAAUUGUAGUCACAAAGCAGGCGAGCUUUGACCGUAGCCAACGCUUUGUAUGGGUCGCAUGACAAAGUUCGUGCACUGUCAUAUAUCUGUCCUUUGGCAGUCAACCGUCAACAGGAGGCGGGGCACGUGGAUCUUCCUGGGGCGUACUUUCCGUUUGCCUGCUUGUACAGUCUAUGGUCAGACUCCAUCACAGUCAUUUUCAUCUAGAAAUAGGGAGCAUAACAAGUACUCCGACACGGCUGCUUUCAGAUUAGACAGUACUGAAGGAAAAACCAUGGAAAAGCUUUACCAGCAUGUAGAUAAUAACAAGGAUCGCUAUGUGAAACGUCUGGCGGAUGCUGUUGCCAUUCAGAGUGUAUCAGCAUGGCCAGAAAAGCGUCCAGAAAUUCGUCGCAUGGUAGAGUGGACAGCUGAGCUUCUCCGAGCUCAAGGAGGUGAAUGCACACUCAAGGAACUUGGCAACCAAACAUUGCCAGAUGGAACAGUGUUAGAGCUGCCUCCUGCUUUAUUGGGAACGUUGGGUAAUGACCCAAACAAAAAGACCUUGCUGGUGUAUGGCCAUCUGGAUGUUCAGCCUGCUCAUAAGGAAGAUGGGUGGGACACUGAACCUUUCAAGCUGACAGAUGUUGAUGGAAAGCUGUAUGGGCGUGGUGCCACUGAUGACAAGGGACCAGUUCUUGACUGGAUCAAUGCUAUUGAGGCCAUGCAGGAGCUUGAAAUACCUAUUCCUGUCAACCUGAAGUUCAUUUUGGAAGGCAUGGAAGAGAGUGGAUCAGAAGGUCUUGAUGAACUGGUUUUUGGUUUAAAAGAGACCUUCCUCAAGGAUGUAGACUAUGUCUGUAUAUCUGAUAACUACUGGCUGGGAAAAAAGAAACCUUGCCUCACUUAUGGCCUUCGUGGCAUUUGUUACUUCUUCCUAGAGGUGGAGUGUGCCAAAAUGGAUCUGCACUCAGGAGUGCAUGGUGGCUCAGUUCAUGAGGCCAUGGCAGAUCUCAUUGCUUUGAUGAACUCACUAGUGGAUGCCAGGGGGAAAAUCUUAGUGCCGGGUGUGUACGAGAGCGUAAAAAAGCUGACAGAGGAGGAGAUGGCACUGUAUGAGUCCAUUGAUUUUGAUCUGGAGGAGUAUCGACAAGAUGUUGGAGUACAGCGACUUAUUCAUAAUAAGAAAGAAGAUAUUCUAAUGCAUAGGUGGCGCUACCCGUCACUCUCUCUUCAUGGUAUUGAAGGUGCUUUCAGCGGAAGCGGUCAAAAGACGGUGAUCCCACGGAAGGUCGUUGGCAAAUUCUCAAUUCGACUUGUGCCUGACCAGGAGCCAGAAGUCAUUGAGCAGCAGGUGCGCACCUACCUGGAAAAUAUCCACAAAGAAAGGGGCAGCCCAAACACAGUCAGAGUAUUGAUGCCUCAUGGAGCACGAGCUUGGGUCAGUGACUUUAAUGACCCUAACUACCGGGCUGGACGAGCAGCCAUGAAGAAAGUGUUUGGUGUUGAACCAGACAUGACAAGAGAAGGUGGAAGCAUUCCUGUGACCUUGACCUUUCAGGAGGUGACCCAGAAGAACGUCAUGCUGCUUCCUGUUGGUUCUAGCGAUGAUGGUGCCCACUCCCAAAAUGAGAAAAUUAAUCUCGUUAAUUACAUCAAUGGGGUCAAGUUGCUAGCCACCUACAUGGAUGAGUUGUCCAGGUUGUAAAUGUGGUUAACUGUGACCUUCCCAGCAUUUAUUUAUUCCAUUGCUAUUUUACAAGUAAAGGCAAUUUCCAUACAUUGCUAAGAAUGUCUGCAAGGUCCGUUAUUCACAAGUGAAGUGUUUACUUUGAGACAAGUAUAUUUUAAUUUCACAUUUGAGACUUGUUGCCUUUUAUCCAGAUUUCAUAAUAUUUGAUUUUGACAAGGCUGUUGUCAGGAUACUAUUUAAACACAUUCAUUUGAGCGUACUUUUACAAUUCAUUGAAUUGUGAAUGUUGCCCCCCCUUUUUUUUUAACUCUUGCAUAAAUUGUUUUGAGGGACUCAAGUUUUCUUGUAAAGAAAGCAUAGUUUUGCAGAGGAGAAAAAUCCAGUGGGAACAAGGGAAUGGAUAGAAGAGCUUUAAGAAAGCUGAUGUGUUUAAAAUAAACUGGACUUCCCAGGAUAUUUAAAAAUAAAUUUUUUUGUUGUGAAGUAUUUUCAACUUUUUUUCCUAAUGAAUACUGUAAUAAGCUUUUUGGCCAGUUCAGAAUGAACAAAUACAGAAGAUUAAUAACUGUUAUCUUAGUAAUGUUUUGAUAAACUGGUAAAACAUCAA